GUUACUUCGAACACAGCUGUUUGUUGUUGACAACUCUCAUAAUUUAUUUAUAAAAUUGUGGUGAACAUUAGACUUUGCUUAUCACUCACCCACAUAGUCCUGCAACGUUUUAUAUAGUUGAUCGAUAUUGUUUUAAAAGACUUUCCGCGGUGUCUUCUCAUUUAUUUCUAAGCAUUCCAUUUUAAAUACGUCGAAAUGUCUUUACGUCAGCUUGUUGAUGGGGAUUGUGGUGGCGUUAAUCCACUCAUGCAACUUGGAGGACAAUUUACAAGAGAUGCCUCACGCAAAGAUGAAGGCUUCGUGAAUUCUCAGUUUGAGCGUAACUUGAGACCAGAUGAACAUCUAGUAAAUGAGUUUCUAGGACAAGUGACGGCGCCACCACAAUCUUUCCAAAUGGAUGCACUACUACAAGAGAUGCGUCAAAUAGAACAAGCAAGCGUGAUGGCAGUCAAUCAAGCAACCCGUGGUAUGGAUAAUACAAGCAGUGUUACCAAACAGUGGGGAAAUGAAUUUGACAUGCAGCCGUUAAUGACAACAGCCGCACAAAUGGUACACAUGCAGCCACAAAAGCAACAAUUAGUGCAUGUGCGAGAAUUUUUCGAUGAAGAUGGACCUGGUGUAUCUGGUUCGUUUUUAGGUCAUACGCCUGCAGCGCCAUUUGUCCCACUACAAACAUUGCCAGCACCAUACCUAGCCAUAUGUCCACCAUAUGUACCCAGUACGGAGAGGUUUUUUGAAGAAGCCAAGUCACUUACUAAAGAGGAGACAGAGAAAUUAUUACCGCAAACGUCCACUAAGGAGUAUGUUGAAGAUUGGAUCAACGAUUAUGCGGCCAGUGCAAAACAACGUCAAGAAUCUACUAGCAGUUAUAAUGAGACUUUCUGGCAGCGUCUGCAGGAUGAAUGGCAAAAGUUAUCCGAAGAAUCAGAACAUCCAUGGUUAUCUGAAUAUGGUGAAAAUUACGAUCCAUAUAAAGAGUAUGCCUAUGCAGAAGAAAACCCAUUGGCUGAAGUGGAAAAUGCAUUGACGAAAGGUAAAGAAUAUAUGCAAAAUGGCGAUAUACCUAGUGCAGUUCUUUGUUUCGAAGUGGCUAUCAAAAAGGAGCCAGAAAACGCCGAAGCAUGGGAAUUGUUAGGCAUGGCACAGGCGGAGAAUGAAAAUGACCCACAAAGUAUAGCGGCGCUAAAGCGUUCUCUGGCGCUACGCCCAGAUAACAACCGUGUGCUGAUGGCGCUUGCUGUUUGCUACACCAACGAAAGUCUACAGAGUCAUGCGUUACGCAUGCUAGUCAACUGGAUGGAAGUAAAUCCAAAAUACAAACAUCUAUUGCAACAGCAUCCAGAAUUACAAGCUGAUGGUGGUGCCAUGGCUUCUUCAUUAAUCGUUGGUAGCAAACUGCAAGCCGUACAAAAUCUCUUUCUCGAUGCUGUACGUUUGAAUCCACAAGAAGUCGACGCCGACGUGCAAGAAGCCUUAGGUGUGCUCUACAAUCUAUCCUCCGAGUACGACAAAGCAGUCGACUGUUUUCGUGCCGCACUACAUGUUAAUCCCCAAAAUGCAAAAGUAUGGAAUCGUCUGGGCGCUAGUUUAGCCAAUGGCUCGCGUUCUGUAGAAGCAGUUGAGGCCUAUCAGCAUGCAUUGCAGCUAGAACCGGGCUUCAUACGUGUACGUUAUAAUGUUGGCGUGUGUUGCAUGAACUUGAAGGCAUACAAACAAGCCGUUGAACAUCUGCUAACGGCUUUAAAUAUGCAAGCAAAUACGAUGGCUGCACGUGAUUUACCUGACGACGCAGGCGCUAUUGGCGGUGGUCAAGCGCAAAUGUCCGACUCCAUUUGGAGUACAUUGAAAAUGGUAAUUUCCUUAAUGGGCCGUAGUGAUUUACAUGGCGCUGUAAAUGCACGUGAUCUCAAAGUGUUGAAUGAGACGUUCAUGGACGCAGCCUAAUUGCGUAUAGUUUUAUUUUAUAAGUGUAAAGCAUACUAUUACGUUUAAUAAUUUGAAUAUUAAUGGUGUUGGCUUGCUUCUGCAAAUCAUAUACAAUGCUACUUUUUAAUAAAUAUUAAUCAAAUAAGCUAAUAUGCAGACGUUUUCUUGCAAGUUAGGCAAAAUACCUUAAAAUACUGCUGUUGUGUAUUUAUGCAAUAUUGGCAGCAUUCGAAUACUCAGAACAGAGAAUGUAAAAUAUGUGCACUGUGAACUUUCUCUAUAAUCUACAUUCUCUGCUAUAAUUUUGUAUUUCCUACAAAUAUUUUUGAUUAAACUAUUAAUUUAAUAACAUUUUCCAGCCUUCAUAUUUACUACUGGCUAGCGGCACAAUAUUUGAUUUUUGUUUGACACUUGUCUUUCCUGUUUGGUUUUUGGUGCAAACAGUUUAUCGCAGGGAAAUUCAUAUUUUGCUUUAAAAACAUUUAUUUUACGUUGUUUAUGUUCAUAUUUCGUACACUUUUUAUAACACAUAUGUACAUAUGCGCACAUAAUAUAACAGUACUGCUUAUAACACGUCAUAACGCAAUUAUACAGUUGAAUUUACAAUUUUACUACAGUUUAUUUGUAUUAACUUAAAUUUUGGAAAUGUUGAGUACACUGAGGCAUCUUGUAUAGCAGUUCCGUUUACUUUUUGAUUAUAUUUCGGCCGUGGCUCGCAGCCAUAUCGCACAAAUGUAACGAUAACUUAAGCAUUUCAUUUGCUGGCUAAAAGUUUCCUGAUGAUUAUAACGAAGAGUAGUCCAGUAGUGAAAGCGCCAACUGCACAGCAUAUAUGUCUAUUUUGAGUUGAAUGGUAAACAAUGUUAAAGGUUAUGGCUGAUUUUAUAAUAAAGUAACAUUUUGCACAACACGAA